UCCAAUUGUUUGGUAUGUUAGCUCUUUUAGGAGACAAACCCGGCAUCAUAGAAACCUGUUCUUGUUGAAUCUUUACCCAAACAAAGGAAAGAAAAAAAGGAGAAGGAAAAAUCCCAAAAAGAAAGAAAGUGGAAGGAACAAAUUAAAUGCAAGCAUUGAUCACCAACUUCUCCUUUUGCUCUCCUCUUCAAUCCAACAGCAAAACUCUGAACAUUGUUCUUUUCAAAAAACUAGAAACAGCCCAUUUCAUCGAACCAUUACAGCAAAUAGGACACACAACACAAACAAUCUCAAGAAAAAAACAAAACAAAACAGAUACAGCUUGUUGUAUCUGUCUUUGUCCUGAUGGUACCCUUCCAAGUCUCCCCUUUUCUUGGUUUGCUGCAAAAAUGCAGCUGUUGUUCUUGAAAACUAGUACGAAACAACAACAAUGAGAGAUGGAGAAGGGAGGAGAGAGAACAAAGAAUGAGUCUUUGUAGGUAGGUAGAAAGAGAGAAAUGAGCAUAGAGAACAUUGGCAUAAUAAAGGCAUGGGAAGCAAAACUUAGGAAAUCACAAGCAACAAAGAAGAAGAAAAACAACAGUGUCUUUCUCACCAUGAUGUCAGCAGCAGUAGCUCAUGUAGAUGAUGAUGAUCCUCCUUGUAAAGAACCUGUGUACCAUGCAGAAAAGGCCCUUUGUAAUGGUGAUUUCUACACAGGCCUAUGGCUUGACAACCUCCCUCAUGGACAUGGAAAAUAUCUUUGGACAGAUGGUUGCAUGUAUCUUGGUGAAUGGUAUAAAGGUAAGACAAUGGGAAAGGGUAAAUUUGGUUGGUUUUCUGGUGCUACUUACGAGGGUGAUUUCAAGGGGGGUUAUAUGGAUGGUAGAGGGACCUUUACAGGAUCUUCAGGUGAUGCUUAUAGAGGUUAUUGGGUUAUGAAUUUGAGACAUGGACAAGGUACACAGAGUUAUGCUAAUGGUGAUUGUUAUGAUGGUGAUUGGAGAAGAGGUUCACAAGAUGGACAUGGAAGGUACCAAUGGAAUACUUCGAAUCGUUAUAUUGGUCAAUGGAAGAGUGGUUUGAUGAAUGGUAAUGGAACUAUGAUUUGGAGCAAUGGGAAUAGGUAUGAUGGGUUUUGGCAGGAUGGACUGCCUAAAGGAAAUGGGAGUUUCAGAUGGUCAGAUGAAAGUUUUUAUGUGGGUUUUUGGAGUAAAGAUCCUAAUGAGCAAAAUGGAACUUAUUAUCCAUCUGGGUCUGCGUCAGGGAAUUUGGAUUGGGAUCCCCAGGAGGUGUAUUUGGAUUUGAACGAUUGCAAGAUUUCUACUUGUGAAACGAUGUCAAUUUUUCCAUCACUGAAGAUGUUGAAUUGGCCUGGGGUUCUUGAUCAAGGGAAUGCUAAUCCAAUGAAAGGAAAUGGUGGUGAAGGAAGGCUCAGGAGGAUAUCAGUGGAUGGGAGGCUGAGUAACUACAGCGUGGCUUCUUUUGAUGGCUGUGAUGUUUAUAGUGGUGGGGUUGAUGGGAAUUUGAGGGAUGUAGACGAAGGGUUUGGAAAUCUCCAAGUUGAAGAAUUGGAUCCAAAAAUAUCUAAAUGGAGAACACAGCCUGUGAAGAAGCAAGGGGAAACAAUAUCAAAAGGGCAUAAGAAUUAUGAACUCAUGCUCAAUCUGCAGUUGGGAAUAAGACAUUCGGUGGGACGGCCUGCUCCAGCUAUAUCUCUUGAUCUUAAGUCUUCGGCAUUUGAUCCCAAAGAAAAAGUUUGGACUAAAUUUCCAUCAGAGGGAUCCAAGCACACCCCACCUCACCAGUCUUCCGAGUUUAAAUGGAAGGAUUAUUGCCCUGUAGUUUUCAGGACUCUAAGGAAAUUGUUCAAUGUGGAUGCAGCUGAUUACAUGUUAUCGAUAUGUGGGAAUGAUGCGCUUAGGGAACUCUCAUCCCCGGGAAAAAGUGGAAGCUUUUUUUACCUGACAAAUGAUGAUCGCUACAUGAUAAAGACAAUAAAGAAGGCAGAAGUAAAAGUCCUCUUGAGGAUGCUGCCAGCCUACUAUAAUCAUGUUCGGUCUUUUGAGAACACUCUAGUAACCAAAUUUUAUGGUCUUCAUUGCGUAAAAUUAACAGGGCCGAAUCAGAAGAAGGUCCGAUUUGUCAUUAUGGGGAAUCUGUUUUGUUCUGAUUUUUCUAUUCAUCGGCGCUUUGACUUGAAAGGUUCGUCCCAUGGUCGCAUGACUUCUAAACCUGAGUCAGAAAUUGAUCCAACAACAACCCUCAAGGACCUUGAUCUCAAUUACAUAUUUCGGUUGCAGAAAUCUUGGUUCCAAGAGUUUUGCAGGCAAGUGGACAGAGAUUGUGACUUCCUUGAACAGGAGAGAAUAAUGGACUACAGUCUUUUGGUUGGUCUACACUUUCGAGAAGCUUCAUACAGGGAAUCCCUCACACCCCCUCGUACUUCUGGAGUUUGGACUCCCACCGGAAUUCGCACUCCUACUGGAGUUCAGACUCCCAAUGGACUUCGGACUCCCACUGGAAUUCGCACUCCUACUGGAGUUCAGACUCCCAAUGGACUUCGAACUCCCACCGGACUUCACAGUCCUACAGGAAUGGGAGAUGAAACUGAAUCGGGAGCUCCACGCCUUUCCAGAGUAGAUUUGGAUAAGCUUUUCAUCGAUCCCACUCGGUGGGCUUCCAUUAAAUUAGGUAUAAACAUGCCGGCAAGGGUCGAAAAGACAGCCAGGAGAAGAGAUGGUGAAGCUCAGCUAAUUGGAGAACCAACUGGGGUGUUAUAUGAAGUCGUCCUAUUUUUCGGUAUCAUAGACAUUCUACAAGACUAUGAUAUAAGCAAAAAGCUCGAGCACGCAUACAAGUCCAUGCAGUAUGAUCCAACUUCAAUCUCUGCCGUUGAUCCAAAGCAAUACUCAAAACGCUUUCGGGAUUUCAUCUUCAGAGUAUUUACAGAAGACGCUUGAAGGGUAUAAAUUGAUUAGAAUCGUCAUAUCGCAACCCGUGGCCAUAUAUGUGCUCGGCUAGAGAUGAGAGUACUUAAAUGUAGACUAAAGGUUACUGUUUCACCAUAUAUUUGACCACAGGGAAUGAUUUGUUGCAGCUGGGAAUAGGUUUUCAGAAAUCGGGCAUUGUAUAUUUCCCCUCACCAUCAUAUCCACUAAUUUAGUUACAUAUGAUAUAUCAUAGGAAAGGUACAUACCAGAGCUACUCGAGCUUGUUUCAAGUGUAAAUGAGUUAACCAGGUGGAGUACUUACAUAUAUUGAAAUUGAUUCUUUUUGGACCUAAUUUUUAUCCCCGCAAGGCGAGAAGUUUCUGGGUUCAGAAUCAAACUAUGUACAGAAGAAAAGUGAAAUGGAACAAACUUCAGAGUCUUUGAAUC